UAGUGGUUUAACCAAAAGUGGGUUUUCUGAUUGCGUGUGUGUUCUUGUUUUCAGGCAGUUCAAUUAAAGCAGUGCACCUCUGUGCACACAGACUACACCUGCUUACUUUUAAAACAAUUUAGAGCUUCUCGUAGAUUACCUAAAGACAGAUGAAGAAGAAUAACUGAAUGGUUGUGCACGCAUAGCUUUUUGUUGUCACCCUGUAAUGCUCUGCAUGCACUUCUUUUGGAUUUUAACAUCCCACUCCAGUGAUCAGUUAGUCAAUUUUAAUCAGACCAGGGUAUUGGCUGAAGCAAAAGCCCCAAGCACAAGUAGCACUGACUCAGCAAAAGGCACCAAUGACAGUAGAUCUUAUUCCCAUUGAGAUACAGAUCUGCCGUCUUUCUCCUCACCUUCACAUUCACUCUUCUCCACAGUCCCUCAAGCCACUGAUCGAAAAGCGUCGCCGUGCCCGGAUCAAUGCCAGCCUGGAGCAGUUGAGAAGGCUUCUUCAGCAGACCCCAGAGCAGCAGAAUACCAGAGCCUUGUCACGCCUGGAGAAAGCUGAGAUCUUGGAAAUGACUGUACAGCAGUUAGCAAGGCUCAAGAAGCCAGACAUUGCCCCAAAGAAUGGCCAGGACUUUGCUGCUGGUUACCGCCACUGUCUCAAUGCUGUAAGCACCUUUCUAAGCUCAGUUGGUUCUUCAUUGGAUCAAAACACCAGAUCCCACAUUUUGCGUCAGCUCGAGACUACCACUGAGAUGAAGGCUGCUGCUGCUCCAGCUCCUUCUCCCAAAGUCUGGCAACCCCAAGAUGACUUGUCCUCCGCUAAACCUCUCCAAAGCCCUGCUUUUCUUCAUGGAGCUGCUCCUUCAGCCUCGCUUUCUUCAGGACCUGCCUUGGCUAUGACAUCUUCAGAGACUCAAGUCACUGCCAGGGGGCAGCUGGCUUAUCCCCCUCCAACACUUAUUUCACUGUCUCAACCAAGUUUCCUCCCUUCGCUUUCCCAGAUGCUGGAGACCUCUCCAACUGCACCCCAGAUGUGGAGGCCCUGGUGAGCUGUCACCUAAAGAACAGGACUCUAACCUUAUUAGGGUUUUCUAUGAGACAGAUCAGAGUGUGGAAGUGGGGACAGAGCCUGCCCUCAGCUCUGUGCUUCCCUGAAGGCUGGAGCAUGUGAGAACUCCAAAUUUUAAGGGGCCAGAUUCUAUAUCCUAUUUUCAGGGCAGCACAAUCAGUACUCAGUGAUGUGUCUAUCCUAUUAGUGCACAGAUGUACAGCAUAGGAAUACAUAGUAAGAUCCUGGCACAGCAUGGGCAAGUGGUAGAUUUAAGUCAUGCAUCAUUUCCUUUGUUCUAUUCCAAAUAUGUUUAUGAAAGGUUUACAUAAGUGACUGCUGUGGCAGGGAACUGGCCCAAGAACCCAGGAGAUCUUUUCUAGUCCUGUGUUCCUAAUGACUGCCUUUCUAACUAAUGCGUUUUAAGUUUCACCUAAUACUGAAGAAGAAAGAAAAGACCAUUAAUAACAGCCUCAAACAACAUCAGCCUCUGUUGCAGAGAAAUAAUGAGAAAAUAGCAGAGAUCUUCCCUGGAUUGUGCAGAGAUUGUGCAGACCCCAGAGGCCCACUCAGGGCUGCACAGGAUGACCAGGAAGCAACAAACACCAACAAAUCCCCUUGGAGUGC